AAUUUUCCAAAAACAAAUAUAUGCUCUGUAACCUAAAAACUAUAUGUAUGCAUAUGCAUGUGAGCAUGAGUUGGGACAAAAAGUAUAAUAUGAAUAUCCCGUUGCUUACGCCGGCUCCUUUUUGUCUUUCUUCUACUUCGCCCUUUCCAAUUUGGACUCACUCUUUCCCCACUCUCUCUCUCUCUCUCUCUCUCUCUCUCUCUCUCUCUCUCUCUCUCUCUCUCUCUCUCUCUCUCUCUCUUAAAGUUCGCAACUUUCCGGCCGCCACCCGCCAUUUUUUCCGGUGAAGUGGUUCUUUCAUAAACGUAAAAACAUGGGUCUUUUUCAGUUUUUGAUUCUCUCCUUAUCUCUUCUACCUUUCUCCUUAUUUGAACCUCUUCUUGCUACUUCAACUCCACUACUCGACGAUGCAUUGUCUCUUCUUAGCUUUAAAGAGUCUGUAACCGCCGACCCUUUCAACAUUCUGGCCUCCUGGAAGUGGAACCAGUCCUCCUCCGACCACCAUUGUAGCUGGUACGGCGUUACUUGCCACCCACUCUCUCAAAGAGUCAUUUCUCUCAACCUCACGGUGGACUCCUCUGCCGCCCUAGGUGGGACUUUAUCGGCUUCGGUUGCGAACCUCACUCAACUUCGGGUUCUCUCAAUCCCUCAUCACAACUUUUCCGGCGAGAUCCCCACACCCAUUUCCAAGCUUCUGCUUUUGGAGGUUCUCGAGCUUCAAGGUAACAACUUUACCGGCUACAUUCCGACCCACGUGACCCGUUUUCGCUCUCUUCGUCUCCUUAACCUGUCUUCCAAUCUCUUCACGGGUCCGAUUCCGGCGAGGUUGAUUGGCUCCGGGAAGCUUACUGAAAUUGAUUUGUCUAAUAACCAACUUUCCGGGAGAGUUGAAGUGGGUAGUAAAUCAUGUGAGUUUUUGACACAUUUGAAGCUCUCUAACAAUUUUCUCACUGAACCCAUUCCGACUGAGAUCUCAAAGUGUUGGAAUCUGAAGACCCUUUUGCUCGAUGGGAAUAUUUUAGAAGGAAAGAUUCCUGCCCAGAUUGGAAAACUUUCUGAGCUUCGUGUUCUUGAUGUUUCAAGGAACAGUUUGACUGAGAAAAUUCCUAAAGAGCUCGCCAACUGUUUGAAACUAUGUGUUCUUGUGCUCACUAACUUAGUUGAUGAAGACAGUUCACUAGACAGUGCUAGAGGAGAAUUCAAUGCUUUUGUGGGAGCCAUUCCUUUUGAGCUGCUAUUACUUCCCACCUUGGAGAUUUUGUGGGCUCCAAGGGCUAAUCUUGCCGGAAGAUUACCUAGCACUUGGACUGAGUCUUGCUCACUCAGAGUUGUGAAUUUGGGGCAGAAUUAUAUCACCGGUGUUUUACCUGAAGGCAUCAAGAUGUGUAAGAACAUGACUUUUUUGGACUUGAGUUCUAACAAGUUAAAGGGCUAUCUUCCUCUUCAACUCCAAGUUCCAUGUAUGCUUCACUUCAAUAUCAGCAGGAAUCAAAUAUCUGGUUUUCUUCCAAGGUUUGGUAACCAUGGCAGUUGUGAUACUAGCAUAGUCAGUUCUAAUGUGAAUAAUCAGGAUAUUCUUAAGGCUUAUUUUGGAUUGGGGUUGGAUAGGAAUGAUUGGAUUAUCCAUGAUUUUAGUUGGAAUAGAUUUGUUGGUCCAUUACCUUUGUUCUUUGUUGGAGAUGAGUUAUUGGCAACAUCUAAUGAUCAUAACUUCUCAUAUAGAUUGUUGCUUAGUAAUAACAGGUUCAAUGGGUCACUUCCUAUUGGGAUGGUUCCUCAGUGUAAUAGCUUUAAGGGCUUCUCCAUCAACUUAAAUGCCAACAAAAUAUCAGGUGAAAUUUCUCAUGCAUUGCCAGUUGAUUGUCUAAGGCUAACAGAUUUUGAAGCAGCUUACAAUCAGCUUGGAGGGUCAUUUUCUGGUCUUGCUAUUAGUCAUUUGGUUAUGCUCCAACGCCUUGACUUAAGAGGCAAUGCACUAUCUGGCCCUCUACCUCAUGAGUUAGUGAACGUGAAAAGCCUCAAAUGGGUGCUUUUGGGAAGGAACAACAUGACAGGAGAAAUCCCUUCUCAAAUUGGUCACUUGACUUCUCUGGUGGUUUUAGAUCUUUCACAAAAUGCUCUAACAGGAUUCAUUCCUCCAAGUUUGACAAAAGCUUCUGGUCUUGAAACUGUUUUGCUUGAUCACAACAAGCUUUAUGGGAAGAUACCAUCAUCUUUCUCAACCCUUGUUAGUCUCACUCAACUUGAUGUGUCCUUUAACAACCUUUCUGGUAAUAUUCCUCAUCUUCAACGAAUCAACGGUUGUGAUGCCUUCAAAGGAAACAAAUAUCUCCAGUCUUGUCCUGAUCCUCACUCAGCUUCACCAGCCAAUCUUCCUGUGCCACUCGAUGUACACAAAUGGCGCAGCCGAAAAAAGAUAAAGACUUUGAUAAUUGCUGCAGUAACUUGUGCAUCUGUUGUUCUGUGUUUGCUUGCAGUGAUAAUUUUGUUCUUUGCUUUUGGAAGAAAAAAGUUGACUAGACUCAGCAGCCUGAGAAGGAAAGUAGUAGUGACUUUUGCUGACUCUCCAAGUGAGCUGAAUUAUGACAAUGUGGUUAGAGCAACUGGGAAUUUCAGUAUCCAGAAUCUGAUUGGAACGGGUGGUUUUGGUUCGACAUACAAAGCUGAAUUGGUGCCUGGUUUUCUGGUAGCUGUAAAGAGACUUUCCAUAGGUAGAUUCCAAGGUGUGCAACAAUUCGAAGCAGAGAUAAGAACAUUAGGCCGAAUUCGACACAAGAACCUUGUAACACUUAUUGGAUACUAUGUUGGUGAGGCUGAGAUGUUGUUGAUAUACAAUUAUCUCUCUGGUGGGAACCUUGAAAGCUUCAUACAUGAAAGAUCAACCAAAAAUGUUAACUGGGGAGUCAUUCACAAAAUAGCCAUUGACAUUGCUCAGGCUCUAGCCUAUCUGCACUAUUCGUGUGUUCCUCGCAUAGUGCAUAGGGACAUCAAGCCUAGCAACAUCUUACUAGACCAUGAACUCAAUGGAUACCUCUCUGAUUUCGGGUUAGCUAGGCUUUUAGAAGUUUCUGAAACUCAUGCCACUACUGAUGUGGCUGGAACAUUCGGGUAUGUAGCCCCAGAGUAUGCUACCACUUGCAGGGUAUCAGACAAGGCUGAUGUCUACAGCUUUGGUGUAGUUUUGUUAGAACUCAUGUCAGGAAAAAGAUCACUUGAUCCUUCUUUUUCAGAUUAUGGAAAUGGCUUCAAUAUCGUUGCGUGGGCCAAGUUGCUAAUAAAGGAAGGCCGUUGCUCAGAGCUUUUCUGUCCACAGUUGUGGGAAGUAGACACUGAGCCUGAAGAGAAGGAGAAGUUGUUAGAAUUGCUACGGCUUGCAUCAAUCUGCACGGUUGAAUCGCUUUCUGUUAGGCCAUCGAUGAAGCAAGUUCUUGACAAGUUGAAACAGUUGAGAACUUAAGAGAGCUAAUGACUGGUCUUGCACAAAUGAAAACUACACAACAAACUCAUUUGCUCACAUCUCUACUACAGUACAGUACUGGCUAAAUGAAGAAAGCAAGGUGAACUCUUCCAAGCCACUAAGAAUUUGUUAUCAAGUUGUAUGAAGCUGAGAUUUCGAAAACAAAUCGGAAAAUCCCCAACAGCACUGAAUUUAGUUUACAACAUACAAAGUCACUCACUGUAAGCAGAGUAAGAAAAAUAUUCAUCUGCUUUGUAUUUAAUCUCACCUUACAUGUAUAAUAUAGCAAGUAGAUUUUAUCAUUAUUAUAUGACAUAACAACUAGUGUGAAUAUAAUCUUGUACUAAACUCAACAACUGUCUUCCUUUGUAGCCUUAAGGACAAACUCCUCUGUAGUAAUGCCAAUUAUCUCAUUAGCUUGUUUCAAAUCAACACAUGAAUACAUUCCAGUACUAUCCUGAGAUCAAAGGCAUAUAUGAGUCAAUGAAUAAUACAUUUGCUUAAACAACCUCAAACUCAAAGAAAGAUUAUCAAAUCUUACCUUAGAAAUAAUUCUCAACUUCUCUAACUUACGAACCGCAUCAUCCACAUCGAAAUUGCAGCUCUCACCAAAUUCUUCUUUGAUAAGUUGCUCACACCGCAAGUCAAGAUCCUAUUUCAUACCAUUACCAUCUUCAGCAGCAGAAGAAGAGAAACGAAAAAAAAAACAAGUAUUCCGAACACCGAAAUUGCAUUUGCAUACCUGUCUAGUAGAUUUUUUGCACUCCCUUAAUAUGAAGAAGGAAAUGAUCACCUCCUUUACCUGACAAUUAGUAUGAAAAAAUGUUAGGGGAACAUUCUAAAAGAGUUGUUAUGGUACACCCUUUAUCUGUUUCGACAUUCAAAAGAGUUUCUUAGUCUUUUUUUCUUUCUCAUGAUCGUGUAAGCGGUCCUUUUAGAGGGUGUACUAUAGAUUAUUCCAAAAAAUGAAGUUUGAGUCUUUUUGAGGGGUCUUUUUUUUUGUCACUACAUGUGUAAACUUGGUAUAUUCUUUUCUUUCUUGAUUGCUUAAGCUUGCCAAUUUCAAAUGACUAACUGUAAUAACUGCUAAAACUUUUGUGGUAAAUACUUACUUCUUGUUGAAUGACCUCAUCACACAAGUGAAGAAGAGUGCCUCUUCCACUAUCCAAUUGUUUCUCAUAGACUGAUUGUGUAAUUAAGCUCUGAUAUGCAACCAAGUUACUCUGAAACCUAUGAACUUGAAAAAACAUUAGUCAUGUCAGGAGCAACAAUGUCAUCAUACAUAUGCCAUCAAAGAAGAAGAAGAAGAAGAAGACGGUUACGCAUUACGAGAAAUAUGUUUUGAUGCAGUAACCAAUCACUGCAGAAAGAACAGCAUAGAUAACCCGGAUAUCAGCUGUAGGCAUGCUAAGAGAACUAACAACAGUUACCUGGUGCAAAAGAAAAAAAAGAAAACACUAAUAAUUGUGUUCAAAUGUUCAAUCUAGAAAAGAAUUCGGCUUUUUCGCCUUGUUGCCCCGUAAAUUUAUCAAAAUUAGUAAAGUAAUCCUUGAAUUUUUCUCUUAG